GAUAAAUUCUUAAUUGUAGCUCUGCCUCACCUGAAGACAUGGAAAAUAAAUACAUCUUAGUUAUUUCUGGCACACUUCAAGCUCUGAAAUUGUUUUUGAAUAUUGUUGAGAGAAGUGAAGUUGAAAAAUUGCAUGAGGAUUUUUGCAGUAUCAUUGCCGAGAAAAGGUUUUGGAAGUUUGCAAAAUGCAAGGAAGCUCAGAUCCGUGGUUCUUGGUAUGCAUUAAUGAGUUGCCUUUGUCAAAACAUCCAUGGAAUAUUUUCAACCAUGGAAAAUAAAUUAGCCACCACUGUCUUCAGCUCUUUAUCAGAAAGUGAUCCAAUAGUCGCUCCUUCUAUUUGGGAAGCUGCUUUAAGUAUUGUCGUCAAUUUUGAGGUUAGACUAGUUUAUUAUUACCAACUUAUUGAAAUUCCCAUCUUCAUUAAAUUUUAG